AUAUUUAAUGCCACCUGGGUUUUUGCCUCAAACAGCUGUAUUUUGCUACACCGCUAACAUAUUUAAUAAAAUACCGUAUAUUGAGUGUUUAUUACAUCAUGCCUUAUUAUCAGACGUGGGAAGAGUUUGCGCGAGCUGCAGAAAAGCUUUAUUUGACGGACCCGAUGAAGGUCAGAGUGGUUUUGAAAUACCGACACUGCGAUGGAAAUCUCUGUAUGAAAGUCACAGAUGAUGCUGUGUGCUUGCAGUACAAAACUGACCAGGCCCAAGAUGUAAAGAAGAUUGAGAAACUGCAUGGAAAGUUGAUGAGAUUAAUGGUCUCCAAAGAGUCCCACAGUGGAGCCAUGGAAACAGACUGAAUGAAUCAAAGGACCUGUUGGGAUUGGACAGUUGUUUGUUACUCAAUCCGACUGACAAUGAAGAGAGAUGGAUCUACAGGAGGGUGCUGAUGAAGUUUGGUUGGCGUUUAUUGACUAAAUACUGAGAACGUUCAAGAUUCAAUGCUCCUUUGGAGAGCAGGCAGCGAGAACAUCCUACAAGAGGCUGAUUUUUGUGUUCCUGUUUGGAGGUCGGACAACGUUGUAAUGGUUAUACAGCCGUUUUCAUUUGGUCUGCCUAUUAUUUAAUGUCUGGAAAGAGUUUUAACUGAUUAACUGUGACAACAUCAAGGGAAUUCAUUUCGAAGCAGGACCUUCUUCAUUUUAUAGAUUACGAUUAAAAAACCCAGUCCUGAAGUUUGUAUAUCUAUGCAUGAUGUACAAUGAACCUAAAUAAAUGUCUUUUUUUCUUGUUUUAUUUUACUACAAGCAUUAUUUGUCUACAGACAUUUAAUAGGUGUCUAUAAAGGUCAUUUGAAAAUAAAUUGUCAUUUUUGUUUAU